UCAGAUCAUGGAAGGGACGUGAGCAUUCUUUUCCCGGUCACAUAUAGUCCGGUGAGUGCAGUAACUCAGUCGAUAUAAUGAUGUCUACUGGCUGGCUACCGGAGCACUGAGGUUCGGUUUUCGCUCGGCGUCCAGACAAGCUCUGGAAACCAUCUAAUAAUUAUUUUAGGCGUGACUGUAAGAUCAUAUACAAGAGUGGAGUAAUGCGCAACAUUUAGCUCUGUAGUCGACGACGCUGAACAUGAAUUUCACUGCGAACUUACUGAAAUAAAACAUGCAUAGUGUUACGUAUCUGAAAUACUGUUGUAACGUGAAGUUUCUACGUGUAAAAUGUGUGUGCUGAAACGGUUAAGUUGUUUCUAUGCAGAAGAACCACAACAUAAGGAUAUAGUGCGAAGCUGACGUAAAGCUCCAAGCAUUCUUAACCACGACUCUAGACGGAUGACAGGAUGUGUCGGGAGAGAGAGAGGCCCAGACUUAAAACCGAGGAUGUCAUAAUGUGCCACUUGGUGAGGGAUAUCCGAAAUCCCGUGGCACGAUGAUAGUUUCAGGCCUUAACUUGGGGCAUCCUGUCUCUACUCGGAAUUCUCGUGUACGCCGAAGUCAUCUACGUGGACAUAACUGCAAAUUGGAUAAAUAUAUUCAGAGAGACGCUGGUGCAAAUGUACUUCAAACAAUCUCUUCAGACUGAAGAUAUUAUGAGCUCAGGCACAGUCGCUGUAUGGACGUCCAUCUACUUUUCUACAAGCGUGAUAUGGCUUGUGACUUCUGGGCUUCUGCUUUACGAUUUCCGUCUCUCCAAGUACACUUCCAGUAUUUUAAUUGGAUGGGUAGCAGUCACAGGUGCAGUCUCAGCGAUUGACUUUGCAGGCACAGUGGCUUUUGGGGUGGAUUAUAACAGUGUCCAGAGAAUGACAGACAUACAGAACUCUUGUCAGACAAACAUCCUCCUUGUACCAAUCUUUUUGAUGAUAAUGUGUGCCCGUGGCUUUGUGCUCUGGAUAAUGAAUGUGGGUUUGGUGAUCUACCUUGGUGUCGCUGCAUGGCAACUAAACAAGAAGGAGCCUGCAGAAUUGUCAUGUCACCAAUCCAUUUCACCUCCAGAAGAACCUUACCUAAAUGGAAGGCAAAACCCAUCAUUCCAGCAAGAGCCAAUAUCAGCGUGGGACAUUCAGUCUCCAACAGUGGGUCAAAAGCAGCGAAACCCUUGGCAAUUCGCUGAAAACAACUGGCCCCAUUCACUUUAUGGUACUCCAGAGUCCACUAAAAUACUCCCUCGUGUUGCAACACCAGUAUCUACUCCAGUGGCACCAGUGGCGCCUCUGCCCAUACCCCAACCAGACUACAGUCCCCCACUGGGACGCCCAGUAAAGCAUGAGCCAAACCAACAUGACUAUCCCUUGCGAUCAGCCCUCAAGAAACCACAACCGUAUGGACGCACGAUCUUCUAAACAUAAGUGAACUUUUGUUUGUUUCAGAACCUAACAUUUUGUUGUGAAAGAAGUCGUUAGGAGAACUAUAGUUCACUAGCAAUUUCAAAACUGGAACUAACCAAAUUUAUUUGCUAAGCAUCAUCAACUUUAAUGAUUCAUUCAAAAAUAGUGCAACAUAACUUGAGAUUCCCAGAAUCAGUGUUUGGAUAUUUUAAAAUGUUCAGAAUGAUUCUGCAGCCUGUGAGUCACUUUACCAAUAUGUACAACGUCCUCUGUUCCUGAGAACAAGGUCAGCAUGAAAACAAUUACUGAAGAAGCUAAGAGUGUAUGGCUUUUAACUUAUACUUUCUACACACACACCUUAUGGGUUUGUGAUGAGUGUGUGGAUCAUAGGUUCAUCUUAUAUUACAGCAAGAACAUACACAUGUGAAACAUAUACUACCACAGUCAAUAACUGUGUGGAAUGACCACAAAGUGUCGCAUGGGAAUUUACUGCCAAUAUGUUUCAGCAAUGUUUUUGACAGCUUUAUCAACGUUGGCAGACUUGCAUAGCGGC